AUGGGAGUCACUGGACUGUGGAGGCUGAUUGAGCCCGCAGGCAAACCAGUGCCGGUAGAGACAUUAGAAAACAAAGUAUUAGCAGUCGAUAUAUCAAUAUGGCUACAUCAGAUGGUUAAAGGUUACCAAGAUGCUAAGGGAGCUCCCUUGCCUAAUGCACAUCUUAUUGGACUUUUUCAACGGCUCUGUAAAUUAUUAUAUUUUAGAAUAAAACCUAUUUUUGUUUUUGAUGGUGGAUUCCCAGAUUUAAAAAAAGAAACAAUAGCUAAAAGGCAAGAUAAUAAAUCUAAAUAUAAUUCAGAAUCAGAGAGAUUAAAAAGAGAACUUGCAUUAUUACUUGGUAAAAAAUCUGCCAUUGGUAAUUUAUUGGGAAAACAAAUAUCACCAAAAAAAUCUAGUAAUUUGGCUGAAGUAAACAAUGAAGACAUAUUUAAAUUACCUGCCUUACCACAACAAGAUGAGGAGACAGAGUCGGAAUCUGAGGAUGAACAAAAUUCAAGUGCUUCCACGGUUGAUUUACAUACAGUGGAUGUUGAGUCAGAUUAUUUUAAGAAUUUACCCGUGAAAGAAAAAUAUGAUUUACUUGUGGAAUUAAAAGACACUAGAAAGAUGAACUCGUGGGGAAAGCUUCAUACAUUACCAAAGAAAAGUGAUAAUUUUUCCGAUUUUCAGAUGCAAAGGUUACUAAAACGACGAAAAAUACAAGAAUGUCUUGAAGAAACAGAAAAAGAAAUGGGUGAUGGUAGUAUGUCUUUGAAUGAACUUGAGUCUUUGUUAAAUGAAGAAGGUAUUGACACAAAAAUUGAGAGUUUACCAACUCGCCGCAUUGCAUCCAAUAACACCACAAGAUUCUUACUUAUUAAUAAUGUUAAACAAGCCUUAGCUGAUGCUAAAAAGAGUAAAGAAUUAUUAAAUAAAAAAGAUGAAAUCAAUAAAGAAAGCAAUUCUAUGCAAAAUGCUGAGGGAACUGUUAAUGAGGAGGAUGAUGAUCUGCAAAAAGCAAUAAAAAUGUCACUCGAAUGUAUAGAUGAAGUUAAUACAAGUGCAGGUACUUCUAAAACAGAUGAAUCUUGGACUUCAUUUUUGUCUGAUUCAGAAUAUUCAAAUUCUUGUUCUGAAAAUGAUGAUGGAUAUGAACAACCAGACAUGUCAUCAGCUAAAGCUUACAUUAUGCAAUACAGUGAUUUUACUUAUAAAGCUAUUGACAAUAUUAUCUCAUCAAAAUAUAUUGACCACAAAAAAAAGUCAAAAGGCCCUAAAGUAGAAGAUAUUCUAGAGGAACUUGAAAAUGAAAAAACAGUUAUAAUAGACAAUGUGGAUCUCUCUUCAGAAGAAGAAAGGUGUGAUAUAAACAAGCUAAAAAAUCCGUAUACACAAAAUUUUAAUACCAAUAAUAAAAUUUCAACUGACACUAAUAUUAGUACGGCGCAAAUAUCAAAAAUAAAUAUUGAAAAUUCUUCAAAUGAUCUAAUAGAACUCGAUACAAGUACUGAAGAUGAAGGUAAAGUUACGCACAAACAGUCUAUAUCCAGUAAUGUUAUUGUACAAAAUGAAAUGGAUGAUAAUUCCACCGAUAGUGAAUUUGAGGAAGUACCAGAUACGGUAACAGAAAAUAAAUUAAAUAGAGCUGUUGUUCAGUUAACUCUUAAUAUGGGAGAAGCCCCAGAUGAUGAUAUAUUUGCUGAUGUUUUCGAAGAAAAAAAUAAAAAGUACGUUUUGAAUGCUGAUAAGAAUGAAAAUAAAAUAAAAACGCCAGAUUGUUCAGAUUUAGUUAUUGAAACAGAGUGCAACGUAGUGAAAAAUCCUACUGACGAUAAAUCAGAUUUCAAUUCAAUCGAAAUAUCUCGUGAUAAUAAACAAAAUGAAAUUUCUGAUAACUCUAAGCAAUUUCAUGUAGACAAAUCAUUUGAAGAAAAUAAAAAUCGAAAUGAAUCAUUCAAUACUUUAUGUGACCCUGAAAAUUCCAGUGCAAAUUGUGAAGACAUUUUAAAUGUAAAUAAAGCACCUGAGCAAUUGUUAUCUUCUAAAGAUUUGAACUCAAUGAUGUCUGAAAUGCAGAACAAAGAAGAAGAUUUGUUACAAGAGAAAGGAAGAUUGGAUCGCAUAGGUCGCAAUAUAACAGAGCAGAUGACAAAGGAAGCUCAAGAGCUAUUACAAAUAUUUGGUAUUCCUUAUGUUGUUGCCCCAAUGGAAGCAGAGGCACAAUGUGCAUUCCUUGAGAGUGUAAAUUUAACUGAUGGGACUAUAACAGAUGAUAGUGAUAUAUGGUUGUUUGGUGGCAGAACAGUAUACAAAAACUUUUUUAACCAAAAAAAGCAUGUCAUGCAAUUUUUAUCAGAGAGAAUAGAGAAAUCAUUUAAUUUAACAAGAGAGCAGUUGAUCUUAUUGGCCUUGUUAGUAGGGAGUGAUUACACAACAGGAGUAUCUGGUGUAGGUCCAGUGACUGCAUUAGAAAUUUUAGCAUCCUUUCCAUUAAACAAAAGGCAACUUCUUAAUGAAUCUUCUAAACAGGCACGGUACUUACAAAUUAUUGCUGGACUACAAGAAUUUAAAAAGUGGAUGCGAGCUGGUAAAAGAACUGAUAAUACAACACUUAAGAAAAAAUUAAAAAAUGUUCAACUAACAGAUGAUUUUCCCAGUAUGAGGGUUAUUCAAGCAUAUUUAGAACCUAAUGUUGAAAAAAGUGAUGAAAAAUUUACGUGGGGUAAAAUUGACUUAACAAUAAUACGAGAUUAUGCGAAAACUAAAUUUGGCUGGUCACAGAAUAAGCUGGAUGAAAUAAUUAAACCAGUAUUAAGCAGGUUAGCAGAGAGUAAAUCUCAAAAAUGCAUACAGGAUUAUUUCAAGAAAAAAAUAGAAUUCCAGUCUUUAGAGGAUCAAAUGAGUAAAAGGGUAAAAGCUGCUGUGCAGAAAAUGGAUCCACAAAAAUCCGGAGAAACACACGAAAUCGAGGAUGAUAAACCAAAGACAAUGAAGAAACGAAAGGCUAACAUAGACAAAUCACUUCAGGAAUUGCCAGAGUCACAAAGCUUAUGUGAACCUUCAACAAGUAAGAAGAAAAAAGGUGCAGAUAAGAGUGAAUUUGUUACUCAAGCUGUUAAAGUUAAUGAAGCACCUGAUAAAGGAUUUGAAGUAAUAAUUCCAAAGACUGAUAGAUUCCAGGAGAUUAUUCCUCAAAGAGAGAAAGACAAACAGGAUCUUUUGCAGAAUAAAUUAAAAGCAAUAGAAAUAUUCCGGAAAGCAAAAAUAGAUAAGAAAACUAAGCGUACAAAAAAAAGAAUUAACAAGCCAAAGGAAAAAGCUGAGCUAUCGGAAAGCAGUGAUGAAAAUUGA